AUGGAGGAUUUGGCAUUUACCAGUGUACUUUGGCCUACUGAAAGAACGAGCAGAAAGAAAGUUGUUGGGGUAUUCGAAGUUGAUUCUUUAACAGCACUUUUAGCACAAUUGGCAUCAUUGGCACAAAAGGUAAAUCAGAUGAGUGUAGCCCAAACAGUGGGACCGAAAUGCAAACAUUGUGGAGGGAACCACGAGAGUGUUGAUUGUAACAUAGGAUCUCAUUUUGCUCAGAAAAUAGAAGACGUGAACUACACUCAGAAUUUUCAAAGGCAACAACACAAUCCAAAUCCUAACACAUAUUACCCAGACUGGAGAAAUCACCCAGGUUUUCAAUGGAGUAAUAAUCAGGGAGCUCACAUUGCUCCACAGCAGACCGCACCACCCGAAUUUCAGCAGAAUGAGAAGAAGACUUCGUUAGAAGAUCUUGUGACUAAGUUAACAGAAAUGUCCACUCAACAUAUGCAGAGAACGAAUAAGAGCUUGCAAGUUCAGGAUGCUGCCAUAAAAAAUUUGGAGAAUCAAAUGGGACAAAUAGCUAAAGCACUCUCAGAAAGACAACAAGGAGCAUUGUCAAGCGACACUGACAUAAAUCCUAAACAGCAAGUAAUGGUAGUAAAAGUUGUAGAGAAUGAGGAGGUUGGGACAAUCACUACACGCAAUGGGAUUCAAUUUCCAGAAAUCACAGUCGAAAGACGGGUAAAAGUAAAUGAAAAAGUACCUUCCAUAGAUGAGGAGCAAGUGGAUAAAUCCGAACAGCCAGAUAAAAUAGUUUCACAUCAAGAGUCUGAAAAUCUACAGGUUAAGACAAUCGCCCAUAUCAAACCUUAUUUGCCUCCUGUCACAUUUCCACAGAGAUUGCAAAAGAUGAAGUUGGAAGAACAGUUUGCAAGGUUCUUGGAUAUCUUCAAGAAGCUUCAUGUUAACAUUCCACUAAUUGAAGCUAUAUCUCAAAUACCAAACUAUGCAAAGUUUCUGAAAGAGAUUCUAUCCAAAAAGAAAAGGCUUACAGAUUUCGAGACAAUCAAGUUAAAUGAGGUGUGUAGUGCCAUAUUGCAUAAUAAAUUAACUCCUAAGCUACAAGAUCCAGUGAGUCUCAAAAUACGUUGCUCAAUAGGGAAUGAUUCAAAUUUUAAUUAUUUAUGUGACUCAGGAGCAAAUAUAAACCUAAUGCCCUUCAGUAGGGAAUUAGGAUUGAAAGAGCUAAAGGAUACAUCUAUCUCCCUUCAAUUAGCAGACAGAUCAAUCAAAUACCCGGGAGAAGUAGUUGAGAACGUGCUCAUUAAAGUAGGAAAAUUUAUAUUCUCCAUUGAUUUUGUUGUCCUAGAUAUAGAGGAGCCAUGGGAUGCAGUGUUACUUAUCUUGAGCAGAUCCUUCCUAUCAACAAGCCGAGCUGUCAUGGACUUUGAAAGUGGCGAACUAACAUUGAGAGUGGAAGAUAAACAAGAGAAUUUUAAGAUCUAA